CAGGGAUUAAAAGGAAAGAACUUGGUUCUGAAGACCCGAACCUCUCGGGUUCUCAGGAGGGUUUGGGGAGCUCAGACAAAGAAGGCCAUGUGGAAAUAAAAUUACAAAUCCCAUCCUCGGAGGAGGAAGUUGAGAGCGCAGCGAGGCAUGGUGUUCCCUGUUCUCCAGAACUGGAAGUGCUGCAGCCUGGAAAGGUCACAUGUAAUAUUGAAAUGGAAUACACUGCCUCUGUAAUGAUAGAGAAUACACAAAUCCCAGAUCCUGAGAAGAAUCUGGGGACUCAGGAGUCCAUGUCUAAACCAAAACCUCAGGAAGAGGUUGAUACACCAGAGAAGUUGGAUGGGUGUCCUUUAGGUGGAUCAAGAAAGCUAGGGACACAGGAGGAAGAAAAGAGAUGCUUGAGCAAGAAAGGCAGGACUGCGUUGAAGAAACCAAAGCUAUGCAGUCCCGGAAAGAGAGGUAGUUCUGCUUUACCAGAGGUGCAUACACAGUGUCCAGAGUCCAGCAAAGGAGAUGUGAGUACAAGAAAGAGGAACAAAAAUGCGGUGGUGUCACAGCAGCUACAGGGUCUAAGUGGGCAAGAACAACCAGCAACCAGAAGAAAGACACGCAGGUGUUGCAUGAAAGAAGAGCAGCAGAGCUCAAGCCCUUGGAAAGGAGCAGACAGCCUGGAGAAAAGUGCAAAGGAACAAUUGAAAGCAGUUGAGCAAGACUCUGGUACACAGGCUGUGAAGAAGCUUGAGACAAAGCAAAACAGAUCAGAAGAUUCGGAGGAAAAGGAACCUCACUACUCUCAAUCUCCUAUGGUUGCUACUUUGGGUGGGACUCAAAGCAAGAGCUUUCCAUGUCGUGCUGUGACAAAAAAGUCUGGUGUGCAGUAUAAAAAAAGGAAACCCAGAACUGGUCAAAUCAAGCACUUGCAAAGUUGUAGUGUGACUGCAGUUGAAAAAGUGGUGAAUACAUCUGCAGAAUGUGAUGCUGAACACUGCAGAAAUGCCCUAAACCACUGUAAUGGCUUGCUCUGUGCAAGAGAACAGAAUCCAUUUGUGAGAUCAGAAGACUGUAGUAGUUGCAUAAAUGCAUUAGGGAAGUCUUCAGCUAGUGCAACUACCAGCAGUUACAAAUUAGAUGGAUUCUUCCAUGUAGCCCAGGAUAAAAGAAAUUAUAUUUUUCCUGAUGGUACUGAAGAGCAUAGUGAUAAAAUUUGCAGCACUAGUAGAAUGCAGAAUGAGAAAUCAGCCAUAAAAGGUGGUUUAUUGUCUAAUGAAGAAAAAAUUGAACAUAGAGAAGGCUGUUUUUCAGGCUGUCAGAGUGAAAACAAUAAGUGUUUAAGGGGAAAAAAAUGCAACACUGAUGGGAAGCCUAGAAAAAAGGUGAAAAUCGCAGAGAAAUCAGCAGUGCAGAAUACUUGCACUGAUGAAUGCAGUGAGUUACAAACAGAUGCAGCAACUGCCUUGUCAAGCUCCUUUGCAGUUUCAGAACUAAACUGUACUCUCUCAGCUGUAUGUGAUCUUACAUCACGUCUUCAUAUAGGAGAAAAUACUUGUGAAGCACAAAAUGUAUCAGCCUGGAGAAAGAAUAGUACCAAAUUACUUGCAUUUGAAAAUGGCUCAAAGAAGAGUUCUGAGGUCUCUGUAAUAGCAGAAGGAGAAGGUUCAAGCAGUGUGGCACAUCAUUUGGCUGCCUCAGAUAGCCUGAGGGUGCUAGCUCAGGUCCAUGAUAUUUCUGCCUGUAACAAAAGCAAGCCAGGGAGAACAUUGAACAACGUUAGUCGGAAAUCGUGGCAGUUUACCUGUCAAAGAGCAGUGCCCAUGGCUGGCAAAAGAGUUUGGCCUCUUGAAUCUUGUGCCAGGGCUUCUGAAUGGGUUCAUAAAAAUCAUGGAUCCAUGUCAGAAGGAAAAAGACUUUUAAAGGCUGCCUUUGAUAAUUCCUCUGAUAUAAGCAGUCUAAAAGUUGUAGGAAAUAGUGCUGUGACUGAGAAUCUGAGGCAGUUGGAUUUGCAUAUGUCAUCAUCAGAAAUUACAAAAGAAUCUACACCUGAAAAAGUGAAUUCAAAUAUUGAAUGUCAGACUUCACUCGAAACACCAGAGUGCUCUUCUGUGGUUAUUUAUGAGGCUUUGAGAAUGAGCAAUGGAAAUGGGGAACCACCAGUUAAUACAGAUACGAGUGCUGUGACUUUUAACCAUGUUCUGGAAGCUAUAGCAAAACAGAAAGAUAAAAGUGAAGGAGAUGUAGCAAGAAGAAACUUGCCUGUGACAGUCGAGAAUGGUUCAGCAAAACAAGAGGAUAAAAAUGAAGGAGAUGUAAGAAAAAGAAACCUGUCUGUGGCAGUCCAGAGUGCUACAUCUACAGGUGACACAAACAGAAUAGAUUUCAGUCCAAAAGUAUCAGUAGUGAAGCAGACAUUUUCUGAUUUAAAGCCAAUGAAAGUAUUAAACCCUGGAAACCUGACAAAAUUCAAAAUUCCUUUAUGCAGAAACAAAACUGAGUCCAGGAAAAUGGAAUCUGCCCAUUCAUUUAAAAGAAAAGCCUGUAGCCCACUAGAGCUUCUUGAGAGCACUGAUGUUUCAAGAAGGCAGAAGACAGGUGUAGAGACUACUUUGGUAAAUUCUGAGCAGCAACCUCUUCCUGUCAUGGGUGAAGCUUCCAUAAAGAAAAGAGCAGAUGAGAUUGAUGUUAAGGACUUACAGCAUAAUGGCUCUGACAACCUUUCAAAUGAGAUGUUUGUGUUUCCUGGAAGUUUUUCUUCCUAUCCCUCUCCUCUUCUUGAUGGACCACCAUUUUUUUCUUCCUGUCCCUCUCCUCUUCUUGAUGGACCACCAAAGUCAUCUGUGCCUGAUUGCUGUGGUACUGAAUGUGUGCCAAAGUCUAAUUUCCCUGAUCGUUCUUGGAACUCAGUCGACCACCUUGUUGAAUUAGAAAUAAAUGAUGAUAGCAAAUCAAGAGGGAGUCUUUCACAACAGAAAAGUCAGAAUUUACCUGAUAUUCUUGAAGCUUACAAACAAGAUGUUCUUGUCAUUGAUGUGAUUCAGGAUGACCCUGACCUUUUUGGAACCAGUGAUGAAGGGGAGCUUGCACUUGCACGCUGCAAAAAAUGUCCUGUGAAGGCCUCCAACAGCAUUAAAGGCACAGAGCGGGAUAUUACACCUGAGUGUCCUGUUACCUCAGAAGAGAGUUAUUCAGGAGAUAAUGGUUUUAGUGACUGUAAAUCCAAAGAUCUUGAGAACUGUGAAUUGCUAUCAAGAUUGCCAGUGAAUGACCCCAAAGUAAAUAUCUUCAGUGAAGCUACAGUGAUGAGGUCCUGGACAAAUGGCUACAAACCUUCUGGAAAAAGUCCUUUACUGCCACUGAGGAAUUGUGGAGGUUUUGAGCCAUGGAAGAUGGAGAAAAAUGCAACUGCUUCUCGUUCAGUCCAGCAGAUCCUUGAUGCACUUGACUUGCCCCAUAAAUACUGCAGAUAUUAUUUCAUGACUUCACGUGGGUGUAAAAGAACAAACUGUUGCUUAAGGCAUGUGCCUGAACAAAGGGAUGAAAAGAUUUGCAUGGCAAUACUUAGGACAUACAUUGACAUCAAAGAAUCAGGCCUCCUAAAACGUGCAGUCCAAAUAUUUGUGCAGUAUUACAGAGGAGUUAUUCCUGGUGUGGAUUUUGCUUCUCAAGUGCUGAAUGAUCUUCUUGUCUCUUUGCUCAAGAACUGUUUGUUGCAGGAAGUAUUUCAGAUAUUGAAUGUAACUGUACAAAUCAAGACAGUGCCAGCUGUAGAUGUUCUUCUGAAAGUUUUUGAGCAUGUGGCUUCUUUGAAUAUAAGAGAUGCUGUGCCUACAUUAAUCAGUACUUUUUGUAAGCUCAUUGAUGCUGGUAUGUUCCCUGAGUUAGAGCAUUUUGACUGUAUUAUCAAGUUACUUAACCAGUUGCAAGUUUCCAGUUGGGAAAUAAGUACUGUUUUGAACAUAAAAUCCAGAUUUAAGGAGAGACAUUUUGAGACAAAGUGGCUUUUUGACUUCAACUUGGCAGUGGCUGAAAUUCAGCAUUGUAAGGAAAAAAGUGAUUGGGCCAAGCUGGGAGCUUUGUAUCUUCGUGCAAGAACUGGAUGUGAGCGGUUUGAUGAUAUGCAGAAAUUGCUUUUAUCUAUUGCUGAAAUACUAGCCAAAGAUGCUGAGACACAGAGACCAGGAGUUCCUUUUUGUGACUUUGCUGAUGCAGUAAUAAAAUAUUCUCAAAAUAAAGAAGCAGACAGACUUUUCCUUGGAAGGACUGGGAUAAGCGUCAUGUAUUCCUAUCACAAAGUACUGCAGUGGAUAAAGGGAAGGAAAGUUUUGAAUAAAUUGAAUGAGCUACAGAUACGUUUCACACUCUUGAAAGGACUUGUAGGUGCAGGGAAGUUAGCAUCAAGAUGUCAGAUUGUUAAUAAAGCUGCAGAAAUCUUGCUUAAUGCUGGAAGCUUGCAUGAAGCGACGUGGGUGUUGAGAGAGUCAGAGUGGACCACAAAUUCACCAUUGUGGCCCUGUGAUAAAAUGGACAUCAUCAAUCGACAUAAUCUGUUAUGUACCCUAGUGCACAAGUACUUGAGGAAGAGUUUGUACAGGCAGGCGUUUGAAGUUCUGCAGAACCUACCAGGUUUUCAAAUGCAUUCUGAUGCUGUAGAUGUUUCUCAGUACAGCUGCCUUUUUAAUGAGCUGAUAAAUGCCUGUUUUGGGAACAAGAACCUUGGAGUCUCGUCUUCUGCAGUAGACUUCAUGCUUUCAAAAAACAUUGCUAUUAAGUUUCCUUUACUUAGAAGAUUAAUCACAGCUUUGGGAAGAAGUUCUUUGUGGUCUAAAGCUAGGACCUAUUACAAAAGUGCUUUGUCACUGGGUUGCUACCCACAGCUGCAGGGAAAUUUACAUCACAAGCUUUUGAAUAUUCCAUCUUACCUGUCUGAAGUUGAGAUGCUGUUGGCCAUUGAAAUUUUUCUUGUUUCAAAUGCCAGUGAUAUUCUAAGUUCAAUGACUACUAGUCAGACUCUUCAAAUAAUACUGAAAAGAUGUGAAGACCAGACACACUAUCAAGUGGCAGUGCAGAGACUGAUCCUAGCAGCUCGUCUGUCUGAUCCAAAGCUUUUUCUUAAGCACCUGACCAUGAAUAUCAAUAUGGAAGAAGUUUACAGCUUGGAGCUUUUUUCUGCUCUAAAAUGGCUUCAGGAGAAUAUGAAAUGGGCUGAGAAGGUCUGGCUGUUUCAGUAG